AUGACUAUUUGGCGCUAUCGAUGUUUAAGGAGAAUGGAAAAUAUCGAUAUCUUACCCAGGCCACCAUCGAUAAGGGCGCCGCAAUCUUGGCAGGUUCUUCGAGUGUUCAAAGUGACAAUGUUGUUCAAGGCUCUGACUUUUUUCGUGGCCAUUGGAGCCGUCUACGGAGCUGUGGUUCCUGCUCAGUUCGAGGUUGAGGCCGAGACCCAGCUGAUUCAACUCCUGCUCAGCUCUCCGGCUCUGAGAUCGGCGGAGUUCUUCAACCUGGAUUGCUUCGACUACUACACUCCGCUUCUCAAGCAGCACGCCGAUAAGUACGAGGAGGAUUCCAGGGCGUGCUAUGAAGUAUAUGAAAGGGCCUUCGAAGAGAUCGACGGAAGCUACAGCGAUCCUCGCAACGAGCUGUCCAACUCCGUUAGGGACAUCUGCGUAUCCUUGUUGACGUGCGAUGCCAAGGGCUCUAACAGCGAUGCCUUCGAUUGCCUGGCAGAAGAGGGACCUUCCAAAUCCUCGGCACUUGAUUCGGCUUCCGACCAGGCGGCUGACUACAAAAGUAGCCUGACCCUAAAGAUUCGCGAAAUUGAUAAUACUCGAUCGGCCUGCCUUACCACUGCCACAAGGACUUACAGGACGAACCACGCCCAGUGCGUCGAGGAUAUGGGGACAUGCGCCUCCGAUCCCAACUGGCAGUUUCCCGCCACAGUCAUCGACUUGUAGAUCUCCUGAUAAGCACUAUGCCAUUCAAGUAAACCUUACAAUGAUCUACUCGAGAACUUUAAUUGCUGUGAAUUAAAACUAAUGUGUUGAGACUAAAUACCAAAUUACAAAAUUUGCCGCAUAAAAAGAGUGAACAAAAUGAUUAUCUAAAAUAAUAAAAUCACUAUUUGCUAUCACUUAACCAAAGGUUUGCUUUACAGUAUUUAAUUGAACUUAAGCAAUUUCUCAGUGUUAAUUUGACAACAAGAUAUUAGCAGAAAAUUGCCAACCAUGUGUUUAUAUCAGUAACUAGAACAUCCACUUAAGUAAUGUGUAAUUAAAAAGAUAGCAAGGA